AUGAACACAGGCUUCACAUUUCCACCAAGCUCAGGCGAUCAAGAGAACAGCAACUUCAAGUUCCCACAAGUAAAUGAUGAUCCAGCGAUAGACGAGACAAAAGAGCCGGUGAACAGCAGUGUUGGGGCCGAAGGCCUAGCUCCAGAGCCGUCUGAGCCAUUCCCGGCCAACCAUUCGCAUCAAGAAGUUCCAUCGUUGGAAACUUCGCCAAAUAUCAUAAGAUCUUCUACGCCACUUACGAGCGAGAAAAGAGAACACCUGAGCGAACCAGUGACAAUAAUCUCGACUAUUGAACCUGAAAAAGUAAGGAUAGCAGCCAGUAAGAAGUCCGUGGCCAAUGAAUUCGCCGAAAACAUGCGUCAAAACAUGGCCACAGACUGGAAAAGCCCGUCUGAGUACGCAUUGCAUAUCCUCUUCACGAAAUUUGUACGACAUGCUGAAAAUAAGCUGAAUCUUUGCUUACAGUACCCACUGGACUCCGAACCCCCCAUCGUAGAGCUGUUGGGUGAGGGUGUAGAUCAGUCAUUUGACAAGAUAACAGAGUCUCUAGGGUUCAUAGCCAAAAAAAAACCCAAGCCGGUAAUAGAUGCCAUGAUGUUUUGGAGGAAGACCAAAUCUGAAGUUGCAGCAGUAGCUGCAGAAAAUGUGGAGAGGCUAGUUCAAGAAUAUGAGGUUCUCAGACGCAACAAUUCCGUGCAAGAAGUACCGAGAAUAGGGCCAAAUGGGAAUGUGGUCCACAAAACGCAUUCCAAAACGUCGAGUUUAGGGAGCAAAAAAUCACAUAGAAGACACAACUCAUCAAAAUCUUACUCGAGCAGCAAUAGCGGCGCAGAAACAAGACUACGUGUCAUGGAAGAUCAAAUAACUACCGCUAAGGAAACUGCUUUUCAAGCCGACAGGAAAUCACUCAUCAGCAUUUACAUUCUUUGUCGUGUUCUUAUAGAAAUCGUCAAGCAGGGUUCAGACACCUCAGACGACGACUUAAAUGACAAACUGGAGGAGAUAGUUUUUACGCAGCUGAAGACAACUGACCCUAUUUCGAUUUCUUCUAGCAUCAUAAAAUCAUCAAAUUGGAAUUCUUUCGCGGAGCUUUUGGGAUGGAUGUCGGAGACGAAGUUUGUCACCGUUAGUGACCGAUUUAUCGCCGAUUUGGAAAAGCUUCCCCCUUCAUUACCACGCGAGCUCGAACCGCCUGUGCAUCUGCUAAUUUUAGGCAUGAGGUAUUUGAAACUUAAGAACUACCCUCUGGAGGUUUUCGAAGAGAGCGCCGAAUUUAUAAAAUCCUUGGCCAAGUUUUUCGUUGCAUGUCAAAAUUACUCUAUUCGAUUGGCCUAUGCUGAGGUUAUAAGCCAACUUCUCUUGCCGCUAGCUGGUUCUUUGACGGCAGAAGUCAACCACCCAACAUGGGUCGAAGCAAUGAGUCUGAUAUUAGAAAAUUGCAGAAAAUUUCAAAAUGACACAAAAUUCUGGGCCAGUUCCUUCAAGUUAAUGGUUUCUGUACUCUGUGUCUCGCCUCAAGAGCUCUUCUGUGACAAGUGGAUGACAUUAUUAGAAAAGAACAUAACCAAAAUCAAGUCAAAAAGUCUGGAGGAGCGCGUGGUAUUUGCAACAGGCUUGUCUCGCUUGACCUGGGUAUACCUUUUCAGAUGCACCGAGACUCUCAACAAUACUGAGAGGCGUCUAAGAAAGCUCUUUGCUCUAUUCUUCACCACAAAGAAAAAGGAUAAUUGGAUUACCACUGAUAUGGAUUUGAUCAACCCUUUGACGGAUGCUCUUGUGACUAUUGGGUCUCUCCAUUCUUCGUUUAUUAUGGAAAAUGUCAUAACGCCGCUCAUAAAGAUGUCUUUCAACGGGUCGACCCUUGAGAAUUUGAGCUACGAAAAGCUAAUUCUCGCAAUUGACACCUACAGAGGAUUGCUUGUAACCACUGAGCGCCCAGAAUUUCCCGAAAAUGACUGUAGGUAUAAUGAGGUCAACUUGAACAAAAUUUCUGCAAAGAUGUCCAACACAACUUCUAGCGAUCACGAUGAAGCCUGUAAGUAUUUCGACAAGCUUUUCCUUCUUCUAGAUUCAACAAUAGGGUCAGAAGUGUGGUCUCCAGAAAACGAACACCAACGUCAAUCGAGUACACCCUUCGCGGGUAUCUCGUCCUUUAAUUUCGGCUUCACUAAUGAAAGCGCCAAUACUUCAAGUCGUGAAAUGAAUGCUGCUUUGUUCGCAGCUAUAAUAGAAACCCUCCCAUGCUGUUUAACUGUUUCUGGAUCGAUUCCUUUCAAAUCAUCCAUCGAAAUUUUAGCCAGGAACGCUGUUCACAAAAAUGCUCUCAUUGCUACGAGCUCCCAAAAUGCGCUCAAAUCCUUGGCCUUGAAAAGAAAUCCUUACACACUGAUUACUUGGUUUGCGAAAUACUCCUUUGAUUUUGAUGAAAAGACUCAGUCAAGCUAUAAUAUGGCUUAUCUUUCUUCUCUGGAGUACCGCAAGUUACUUGUUCAUUACAUCGAGUUGUUGAAAUGCUGGUUGUACGAGUUCAAAAUUUCCGAGGAAACGAAGCCUUCAAAAGAGAUGGGUUUAGGAGGUACCACUGCACCCACCGCAGCCAGUACUUCGGCUGAGGUAAUGGAAAAUGAAAAGUAUGAAUGGAAGAAUACCUUGACGGUGAUCGAAGACGUCGAAGGCAACGGGCUCUUUUUUCUAUGCUCUCAUGACCCUUUGGUGAGACGCUUAGCCAUCCAAAUUUUACGCAUUGUUUCUGAGUUCGAUGAAGCCAUGCACGAAAAAACACACGGAUUGGAAAAAUCUCACGCCAGUUCUUUGUCCAAGUUUGUGGCAAAAAGCGGUACUCGUCUAAUAGACUUAUUACAAACAAGCAACUACACUAGUCUGCUUAAUAGCAGAAAGCUAUCUCUCAGUGCGGCCGAAAAGGCAAGACUCGCGAAAUUGACCUCGAGGUACCGGGGAGAAAUUCUCAUCAAGCUAGCUGAAUCAGAUUAUGGUGUUGAUGCUGCUCUCUGGAUGCGCAUCUUCCCCGGACUUCUAGGUUUAGUGUUCGAGCGAUCUCCGGUAACGAUGGCUCUCUGUCGAUCAUUGGUAUGCAUCCGCCUCGUUCAGCUCCAUGAAAUUAUUUUAUCAAUUGCGAACAAUGGCGACGGGCCGUCGCGAGAAAUCUCUCCUCAAGCUAUCGUGAAUCAGUGGAAACUGUAUUUGAUUGUUGCGUGUUCUUCGCUAACCUCCACUAAUGAUCAAAAGCUGUACAUUCCUACCUCUAAACACCAACAUGGCAGAAAUAAAUCUCAGCAAAUCUUCACCGUUCAGCAUCAGAAAAUAAAAUCAGCUACUUCAAUUUUCAAGAUGGUUUUGCCUCUCCUUAAAUGCCACAGUGCUUUCGUUAAGGACGCAAUAAUAACAGGAUUAAGCUCGAUGAAUGUGAAUAUUUUCAAGGCGUACCUACAGAGUGUCGAUAGAUUUCUUACGUCUUGGCGAAUGGACAGUUCUUCAAAUGGUAUGAGGAUCGAAAUUUUUCACAUUUUAGCUGUCCUAGCUUCGUUUUUCACGGAUGUCACAGUGCUUGACGAUGAAUGGAUAUUGACAAAAAUCUCCAAGUACUUGAAGGAUGCCAAACAGUUUUUGGAGAUAAAGGAGAUACAAGAAUCGUUUGAACAUCAACAAUUACGUUGUUAUUUCGCAACACUUUUAACAAACUACUACUUGGGGGUUAGGAGACAUCCCCUCGUUGAUGAACUUUUUCCUUUUGAAGCUCGGGCUUCUUGCUUCAACUACUUCAAAGAAUGGUGUGGUUUUGGCCAAUAUAGCGCGAUAGCCACUGACAGAUAUAACAAAAUGCGGCAAGCGGGUUUCACCAAAGAUCGAGGUGCACUAUCCACAGCUAUUGAAUUUCAGAGAGCCCGUCUAGAGUUUUUGGCUUUAGACGUAAUGGUAAAUUUGUGUUGCGAUUCUAUCACGAAAACAAUGAAUGAUAUCCCCGGCUCUCCCAUAUUCAUUUCAUUCGAUAUUUCUGGUCUCGUUUGCUGGAUCGAUUCACUGUUCAAUGCUAGCGACGAAAGAGUUCGGAUGCUAGGUACUUCUGCUUUGAAAGGGUUGCUCGAGAAUAACCAGGAAAAUUAUCAGCUUCACAACGAAACCUUGAUGCAGUAUUCACUCCACAAUCUGGACACGCGGGUUGCUACUCUUUAUUACACCGCUGUAUGCGAUUCGCUUCUCAAAAUGGAUUCAUUUAUUUUACCAGAGGAUGACAUCGUGCUUCUUGGACUGAGUGGGCUUUAUAAUGAAAGCAACGAAAUUCGUUCCUACUCCAUCGAUAUUUUGUCCACCGUCGAGACUAAAAUCUAUCAGUCCUCUUAUACCAAAGUUUUUAAAGAGCGGUUGGCAAACGAUUCGAAGACGGUUUACAAGUCCACAGCUAAGGAAAUUUCAACCAUCUUCGCUGAAUUACCAUCUUUGGAAACUCGACUCAAAAUCUUCUCUAAAAUGUGCCGCAACAUCAAUUUUCUCAAGUCAGAACUGAAACAGGAUAUGUUCACUUUGCUCGUUCCAUGGGUACACAAGUUUGUCCUGAAGAAUUUACAAGAUGCUGGGACAUUCAUGGUUUUGAACAAUUUGUUUGCCAUUACGGUUGAACAUAACAACAGACAUCCGAUGGAAAUUGAGCAACUUUGGAUCUUUCUCGGCAAAGGAAAUGGGUUUCAAAACAUUCAUGUGGCAAUGGACUAUAUUAUGCAAACGUCCAUCUCUUCUCGGAAUCCUCAAUUUGUCAAGAGGGCUAAAGAUGUGGUUCUUUAUUUGGCCAAUGUUCCCAGUGGGAUGGGCCUCAUAGAUUCUUUCAUGAACAACCUCGAGCCCAAACACAUGAUUCCUGAAACCUCGCACACGAAGCUUGAAAUGCCGGCAGGUGAGCAGUAUGCCUUUGUGGCUAACCUCUGGAACCUCCUUGCAUAUCGGGGAAAAGACGUUGUUUUCUCUAAGACUCAGCUUUCGGUGAUAUAUUUGGUCAACCUGCUAACAAUACCGAAUGAUUCCAUCAAAUCAAAAGUUCCCCGGCUGCUUCAUAUUUGCUUUUCUCUCUUGGACCAUUAUGUUCCUAUAAUUCAUGAGAGCGCCGCGAAGAUACUAUCAGACUUAAUUUUUGGUCUCGUACCGACUCAUGAGAAAGCGGAAGAGACAGUUGCUUUGAUAAAAGAUCGGAGUAAAAUCUGGGCAUACGACAAUCUUGUCAAGGACAGAAAUGGUGCGCGCUCCCCGAAGACAAUGGAUUCAUUGGUGAGAAACGUUGUCCAACUCUUUUCCUCUUUCGAAAAUAUACAGAUAGACUGGCAAAACAUUGCCCUAACAUGGGCUACGACCUGCUCCGUUCGCCAUGUGGCAUGCCGCUCCUUCCAGGUUUUCAGAUCAUUGCUGACCUUUCUUGAUAAACAGAUGCUUCGAGACAUGCUUCACAGGCUGUCAAACACGAUAUCAGACGAGAACAAUGAGAUUCAAGGGUUUGCAAUGCAAAUUCUAAUGACCCUGAAUGCAGUGACUGCCGAACUGAGCCCGGCUAAGCUAAUAGAUUUUCCGCAAAUGUUCUGGGCGCUUGUGGCUUGUUUGAGCAGUGUGCAUGAGCAGGAAUUUGUUGAAGUACUCUCGAGUUUAACCAAAUUUGUGUCGAAAAUCGAUCUGGACUCGCCAGACACAGUCCAGUGCCUAGUGGCGACCUUCCCAUCAUCAUGGGAGGGUAAAUUCGAUGGUCUGCAACAAACGAUAAUGGGGGGAUUGCGCUCGCAGAACUCUUGGGAUGUUUCUUUGGGUUUUCUUGAUCGUUUGAAUCUUUUCCAAGAUAGUAAGAUCAUCGCGAAUAGCGAUUCCAGAAUACUGUUUGCGCUUCUUGCGAACUUGCCUCGCUUUCUUCAUGCGAUGGACGAAGGUGAAUUUGAUGAAGGUGUCAAGAAGGCUGCACAGUCUCUUAUUGCCCUUGCUGAUGGCAAAGGUCAACCUUCCUUAGCUCGUCUCGUCGAUUCUUUGUCAAAGAAUAAGUUCAGAUCAAAAAGCGACUUCUUAAGUCAGAUUGUGAGCUUUAUCUCCCGCGUUUACUUCCCUGAAUACUCAGCACAGGCACUUGUAUUCUUGAUGGGGCUACUUUUUAAUAAAAUUGAUUGGGUGAAGACGGAAACCCUACAGUUAUUGAAAACUAUAGUUCCAUUGAUAGACUUGAGUCGGCCUGAAUUCACGGGAGUAGGAGCCGACCUCAUUUCACCACUUUUAAGGUUACUUCUAACUGAACAUGAGACACAAGCGCUAGAAGUUUUGAAUUCUGUUCGUAAUGUUUCCGGCAGCAAGAUGGACAAAGACGUUCUUCGGAUAAGUAUGGGUAACAAGGACGCUAAAAUUUCUUACAGCAGAACAGCCACUUUAUUCGGCAUUCCUGAGGAAAGUGGAUGGUCGGUGCCCAUGCCAACAAUGACAGCAGCCACCACGAGGCACAAUGUACAUGCAGUUUUCACUACGUGUUCGGAUAGCUCUUCCGAUGAUGCUGUGUAUCAAGAACCUAAUGACAUGGUUGAUGUACUCCAAUUUCAUGCUGACGGCGGUUAUGCGGCAGCAGCAGCAGUAGAGGCCAACGACACGACAUCAGUCUUAGAAGAUAAGGACGGGUCUUUGAGUCAUAUGUGGGCAGAACUUGAUAACCUCGAUACGUUUUUCACCACGGAAGUCGGGAGCCAUGAUACAGGGUUUGAGCCGAAAAUGUUUGAGCACGCGCAUACCAAUUCAGGUGAUACAGUCCGUAUUGAUAGUCCUCACAACCUCGAGUCGGCACCUCAACUGUACGAUAAAAAAGUUUCUGUGAUUCUCAACCAUAGCUUGACGAGAACGCCUUCUAAUGUGUCGUUCAAGACAAACCUAGCGGACUCUUUUGGUACCAACAUGCACGGCGGUCCCCAUGUUCUAACCGACAACAAUAACAUGCAUGCCAUAAGAGCGGGCGCGAGUGCGACGAGACCGAAUUCCGUGGGUGCAUUUCAGCCAGUAAAAUCUGUCUCCAGAACACCACAAAUCCCGUCACACCCUGCCCUGGACACCACAUCACCUUCGAAAUUGAAAGGUGCGGACAAUCAGGAGCAUCUUUUCAGAUUUGAAGGAAUCCUGAGGAAUCCAAAUAGGACCAAAAAGAUGUGGCAAAAGCAGCAACAUCAGCAGCAACAAUUACUUGCUCAGACAUUUCAAGAUGAACCGAAGAGCUACCAGUAUGAGCGCGGCCCAUCUGUAGAUUCAUCUUCUCAAAUUGGGAUGGCAAAAGACCCUCCCCUGUCCCCAGCAGGUGCUCAGAACGGAAAACCUGCACUGUCAGCCGUGAAAGAAACGUCUAAACAAAAAAAUUCGCAAGUCAAGCCAAAAACCAUCAAGCAUCACUAUCACCUUCCACAUUUUCCAGGUCGACUUUCGGACGGGAAGCUAACCCCACCACUUUCAAGCUCUUCUGCAGCAUUUUCACUUCGCUCCACUCCCUCUCCCAGAUCAAGCAAGUCUACUGCCCCGACUCCACUAAUGACUCCUCAGAAUCCUAUGUCCAGAAGCGUAAAGUCUUUCCAUAGUAAAUCCAGAAUUGGAUCAGGUCUAGAGAACUCAAGCUUCAGCCAGGAAACUCCAGUUCAGAGGUUAAUGCAAGAUAGAAAUCUAGAAGAUGAUCUGAUGAUUGAAAAGCAGCUUCUUUCAUUACAGGACGAGCUACAAAAUAGAUCAGCAAGCGGCGAUAUCAAUUCGAAGUGA